UCCACUUCCCCGAGCUUGAUACUAAACCGGUAUUUGUGACUGUAGAUUGUUGAUUUACUUUUUGAACGAAACAAAUGAGUCUUACUCGCGGGUCGUUGCAAAGGAUAUCAGAAAACUGGCCUAAUUGAGAGAUAUCUUGGGACAUCUUGAUGCUGUCCAUCUCUGUCCUGCUUGGUCCCCUGAAGUGUCAAAAUGGACGAAGAAAGCCUUGAAGCAGCAAUUGCUACCUAUGGUGCACAGUUGCAGCAGGUAGAGACAGCCCUGUCAGCUGGCCUGGACCCCUCUCAACAGGCUGACCUGCUCAAAUUAAAAGAGGACAUUUCUCAGCUAAUAGAGCUCACUGAGGCCAGUCUGGUGUCUGUCAAAAAGAGUCGGCUUUUGGCCAGCUUGGAGGAAAGCAAUGGCCUAAAGCCGUACGCCUCAGAGACAGCAGCUGACACAAGCUGUGCCGACAGCUGUUUGGACCCUGAGUUUGCUGCUUUUUACUCUGAGCUGGGAGAGUUUUCAGGUAGUGGCUCUGAUUCCAGAGAGAGGGACAAUGAGGGGGCUGAUGAAGUAGAAGAUGAUGAAGAAAAUGAAGAGGUUGUGGAGGAGGAAGAGGAAGAGGAUGCUCUCAGUGGUACCAAAGUAAGAGCACCCUACAGGACAACAUGGGGAACGCUGGAAUACCACAAUGCUAUGGUGGUGGGGACAGAGCCGCCAGAGGGAGAAGAGGCACAAGUAAGAGUGCUCUACCUCUACCCCACCCAGAAGUCUAUGAAACCGUGCCCGUUCUAUCUAGAGGACAAAUGUCGUUUCCUGGAUAAUUGCAGGUUUUCUCACGGUGAAGUGGUGUAUGUGUCAGAGCUCAGAGAGUUCAUGGAGUGCAACCUCAGUUCUCUCGAAGAAGGCUCGUCCUGCUUGACUCGACACGAAGACGGCAUCUGGUACCCAGCAAAGGUUAAAGAUAUAGACAGUGGAUUCUACACUGUGAAGUUUGACUCACUGCUAAUGAAAGAUGCCGUUGUUGAGGCUGAUUGUGUUAUUCCGCCUUUGAGGGAAGACGACCCGCUCUCCUCUGACUCUGACCUGGACGACACUGGAGAUGAGGCUGCUUAUGCAAAAGUUAUGGACUCGGAAGAAUCCACAGUUUCGAUAGAUACUGCCAAUUUUGGUGGAUGGGAGGCACAUACCAGAGGCAUCGGAUCCAAGCUCAUGCUCAAAAUGGGCUAUGAAUAUGGGAAGGGCUUAGGAAAGAUGCAGGAGGGUCGAGUAGAGCCUGUCAUGGCUGUGGUCCUUCCCAAAGGUAAGUCUCUGGACGAGUGUGCCGAGUUAACCCAGAGACGCACCCAGAGCAAGGCCACAAAAGAUGGCACGCUGACUGGCCGCCCGAAGAAACGCAGAAAACCCCGGGCUGCCACAGGAGAGCGCCGCACUGUAUUUGACUUCCUUAACCACAAACUUGGUGGCAAGGGCACGCAUCCCACUGAGGGGGGUGCUGCUGCACCGUCAUCUGCAACUGGAGUGGAAGCCUACAGAGGAGGUGAAAGCACCAAGAGGAAUUUAAAUGUGAAGCUGUUCCAGGCUGCUCAGAGGGUCUCCCAGACAGAGAGAGAAAUCCAAAGAUUGACAGAGUCACUCAGCAGACACACAGGAGGGGCCACAUCAUUAGUGAAGAAGCUGGAAGAGAAGCUGUCCGCAGCCCGCCGGCUGCUGGCCCAGCAGAAAACUCAGGAGUUGUCCAUCCAGAGCCAGCACAAGAAGGCAGAUACCCACAGGAAGAUGACUGAGUUCUGAGUCCUGAAAUGAACUUUUGUCCAUUUGUUAUCAGUUAUUUUCACCACUGUAUUUUAAAACAUUUUUAGCAUGUUUUUUUUUAACCACAUUUUGGAUUUGAGCUGGUGGCACAGCUCAUUUGUGUGCUAAAAAAAAGGGUAAUUUCUUUCAUUUUUCAAGGACUUAGAAGUUAUUCUGUUUAGGUCCAAAUAUCCAUACAGUGAAGUUAAAAGCAUUUUUUUUGUAACAAACAUUUCGUCUCACUAAAUUAAUGUGUUUGGAAAAGUUA